UUUCUUUUCUUUUUCAUUUUAAGGGGAUGAGCUUCGGGAUUUUCCUUGCAACUUCAAAAAUCCCUCCUCCCCCGACAACCUCCACUUUUGCUUUAAACCAUCCCAGUCCCAGACACCAAGGUCACGAUAGACGCCCCCUCUCUUAAAAGCAGGAAAGAACCCGCAACUGUUGGAAUCCUCAAGACCCGGGUCAGCCUCGCUGAGGAAUUCGAAGGCGGACACGGGAGAAGGACGGUCGUGUGAAAGGGAGGCUCCUGCAGUGAGACCCAUCCCCGCUGAAGCGCCCAUUCCUACCAGCACCCACCCUCGAUGCCACCCACCAUGAGGACGGCGCUCCUGCUGACCUGGACUGUAUCCCUGAGUUACUUUGCAGACCCAGGGUUGGCGGCCUAUUUCUUCCAACAGCCCAUGGACCAGGUGAUUGUGUCCGGACAGUCGGUGACGCUGGCUUGCGUGGUGAUGGGCUACCGAGGCAUGGUGCAAUGGACCAAGGACGGGCUGGCCUUGGGGGGAGAAAGAGACCUGCCAGGCUGGUCACGCUACUCCAUUGUUGGAGAUGCAUCUGCUGGGCAGCAUAACCUGAAGAUUGACUACGCCGAACUGGAUGAUGAUGCCAUCUAUGAAUGCCAGGCCACUCAGGCUGCCCUGCGUUCACAGAGGGCCAAGCUGACCGUACUCAUCCCUCCCAAUGACCCGGAGAUCCAGAACGGUCCCAUCGUGCAUGUGAUAUCCAACAUCCCCUACAACUUGUCGUGCCGUGCUGCCGGGGCCAAGCCAGCUGCCGAAAUCAGCUGGUACCGAGAUGGGCAACGCCAGGAGUCUGCCGUGUACUCCAAGGCCCUCAUGGAUGACGGCAAGCGAGAAGUGGCUGUCAGCACCCUCCUCUUGACCCCCAGCAGCAGGGACAUGGGCAGCUCAUUCACCUGCCGAGUCAGCAACCCAGCAGCCCCAGCCGGCAAGCAGACCACGGUCACCCUCAAUGUGCAAUAUCCACCGGUUGUCAUGCUCUCGGUGCAGCCACAAACUGUGGCCGAGGGUGGCAAAGUGAGCUUCCUCUGCACGGCCACCUCCAACCCCGAAGUGACAGGCUACAGGUGGGCUAAAGGAGGUGUACCUAUUCCUGAGGCCAAUGGCGACAGCUACGAGGCAACGGUUGACCAGUCCUUCUUCACAGAGCCUGUGUCGUGUGAGGUGUCCAACGCUGUGGGCAGCACCAAUGUCAGCACGCUGGUGGAUGUGCAUUUCGGACCCCGCCUCGUCUCUCAGCCAAAGCCCCUGACGGUCGACGUUGGUGCAGACGCCUCUUUCACCUGUACCUGGACUGGGAAUCCUCCUCUCACCCUGGCCUGGACCAAGAAAGGGUCUAGUGUGGUGCUGAGCAACGGCAACACUCUGCAUCUCAAGGCGGUGACGCAGGAAGACGCCGGCGUUUAUGUGUGCAAAGCCAUUGUGCCGCGCAUUGGAGUGGCGGAGAAGGAGGUGACCCUGGCUGUGAAUGGUCCGCCCAUUAUCAGCGCAGAACCAAGCCAGCAGACUGCAGUGGGAACCAAGGCACGGCUGGAGUGCUUAGUGGGGAGCGUCCCACCUCCUGAUAGGAUAGCCUGGGCGUGGGGCGAACGGGUGCUGGAUGCUGGAUCGCUGGAUCGCUUCACCGUGGACACGGUGGUGACGGACCAAGGGGUGCUCUCGGCCUUGCUGAUCGACCCGACCCACGACGCUGACUUUGCCCUGCCCUACAACUGCACGGCCUGGAACCGCUUUGGUGCCCGUUCUGCAGCAGUCAGCUUGCGCCGCCAAGAAGUCCUGUCCGUCUUAAUUUUGGGUGCUUUGGCUGCCUCCGGCGUUGCUGCUCUCCUUCUCCUGGUGGUCUUCUUCUCUCUCUGCUACCGGCGCAAGCGCUGUGGGAAAGCCAAGCGGGGAACUCAGCUCUCCAAGGCAGACAUCCUGGUGCAGAUCACAACGAGCGAGAGCAGCCCCAGCCGGCCGAGCGAGACCGAAGACGAUGCCAAGGAGCCCAUGGCCACAAGCAGUGAGUCUCCAGCUACAUCCCACACUGAGCACAGUGAGAUCCUGGAGGAUGACGAAGGGAGCCAAGAGCUGAAGGAUCCCACCAAUGGCUACUACAAGGUGCGUGCCCACGAGGAACCAAGUUUGGUUAGCAGCUUCUCGGAGUACACGCCGGCUGCCCGCCCGUUGUUUGGGGCGACCUCUCUGUACCCUUCCACAGGGCCAGUUCAGCCCAAGCUGUACGAAUACGCUCACCGCUAUACCCUGGGCACGCCCGGCUCCCGCUCAGCCUACGACCCCCACGAGCGUCUUUUCCCCCAGGAAAACAUCUACAGCGGGACAGCCUACCUCACCGCCCCCUAUAGCCGGGCCUUCACCAGCUACGUCAAACCGAGCAGCUACGAGAAAGCGGAGAGCAGCUACGGGCAGUCGGACCAGGCCAGCAAAGUCUCGGGUUGCUCUCGCUUCUCCUACACGUCCUUGUCCCAACAGUCUGACUAUGGGCGCCCCGCUCACCAGCGCAUGCAGACCCACGUAUGACUCGUGCCCGUCCCCUGGCAAAUGCCGGUCACCUCCGCAGAAAGAGAAAAGGGAACGGACUCUGCUCACUUGUGGCUAACAGACUCGGAACGGCCAGGGUGAUAGACUUGCAACCCUCACUUUCCUCCUGAGGGUGCCCAAUUCUCCUUGUGUGUAUAUCGGUGGGGUGGGGUGGGGACGGCGGCAGGUAGCUGGCACGGCAGCCAAGAUGGCCGACAGCCCUCUCGCCAUCUUCUGACUGGGACCAAGCCCAUCUCCCUCGGGCAGCAAGUAAACCAACCUCCUGCCCGCCUUCGCGCCAGGACAUGAAGAGCGGUUUUGAAAACGGCGGGAAGCGCACUGCCUUGGCUGAGACAGAGGACAGACUUUCCGAGGAAUCUGUCUUGACUUGUAAGAAUCUGGAUUCAAAAUGGCGGGCACGGCUGUCUGUCACACAAAAGCAUUGGCGUAAGAAGCUAGUGGGUGCUGAAACGGGUGCACAGUACGGUGCCGGGACAGUGACGGGACUACGUGAUGCUUGUUCUCUCUCCCCACCCUGAAACAGAGCUGCCUCGAGGGCAAAUCCCCUGCCGUCAAGGCAAGAUUCUCCACCAGCCGCAUGAUUCUGGGAAAUCUCCAAGCAUGGGCCCCUCCCUAGUGCUUGCCUUUUAAUUUUUUCCUGGCUUGAUCCUGUGGUUUAAAUCAUUCUCUCUGCCCACCCUCUUUAGCUGGGGUGUCUCCUGGACUCCUACACAUCCCCUUUAAUUAAAGACAAGCAAAUAAACCAGGCACUGCGCUUCGAACAGGACAGCACCUGCACUGCACCAAGUCGACAGGGAGGUGGCGAUAGUGCUCAACAUUUAUGCCAUUUUAAGACUUGCCAGGACUCUCUUUAGGCACAUUUAAAAUGACAGGCUGAUGCUGAGGAUUAAAAUCCAAUUAUUAAAAAAGUCAAGGGUGGGGCGUGGGAGGAUAUAGGAAGCCAAAAGCCAAUGGGAUCUGUUGAUUUCAUUUGUGGGAUUCUUUUUUCCCCCCUUUUCUUUUUAAUAAGUUAUUCCUUGUUGUUACUUUUUGCCUUAAGUGUAUUUCUCUGCUAUUGAUGGUUCUGACAUUUUUGUUUCGAUCUUUCCAGAAUCGCUUGGGAAUGGUUUAGUUGGGGGUGGGGGGGAUUUCCCCGUUUUGUUUGUUUUUGCAUUUUUUUAUUAUUAGGCUGGGAUUUCACACUGGCACACAACGGUCACACCUGUUUGAGUGUGUUGCGAAAGACGAGGGGGAGUUGUAAAUGUAUUGCCUACUGCAGAAUUCAAAUAUUUAUAUUUAAUUUAAAAAGCAGGACGGA